GUUAACAUCGUUGGAAACCUAAACAACCCUUUCUCUCUUUGCAAAAUUAUUCGUUCAAUCCAUAUCGUAUCUACUCGUUAGUGAUAGCAAUGUCCUCCGGCUUACCAGGCCCGAGACGCUUCAGGGCUGCCUUUGUACUGUGGGUGUUCUUUGUAUUCACAAUCCUUCUUGGAUAUGCAUCAGCAACACCACUUCAUCAUGCUCGCAAUGAGUUGAUUCGACGUGCAGUCAAACCAGGAAUUGGUGUAGAACUCGAAAUCAGGAACAUCAACAUUGUAGGCCCAGGCAAGCCGUUGGUCGGAGAGAAACGGGAAGCUAUUAAGGGCGCUGUUAUGACGCCAGUCGGCUUCGCUGGAGCUCCAAAGCUCAACUGGGCACUUACGGCAGAGGUUGGCGAGUCCAACAUUCUACCCGAGGCCAUUGUCGAUGGUAUCAAGAACAAAGUCGGGGACCACCAAACAAAAGUCAUUGGAGAUCAGAUUUUCCAAUUCUUUAAAGGAUGGGCUCCAUGCUCCGCUAAAGGCUGCAAGGUAAAGAUCAACGGCUUCGAUAACUUAGGCGAAUGGUCAGUCAAAUGGCCAAUGCAACCAAUAGACUCAGACAAGAUGCUUUUCGGUCCCCAGGUCACGACUGCAAUGCCCCUGGGUGCCGUCCUGAAAAUCCUUGCCGAUGCGAAAGCGAAGAAUACGGUUAAGAACCCGCUCGCUAGCAGCGGAGCGCUAGAUGCAGCCAGGAUCAAGAUACUCACAAAGGCCGACUUCGCGUCUUUCAAGAAAAUCAGUCCAAGCGACAUUGAUGAUGAGUUCCUUGGUUUCUUCUCCCUCCUUACGUCUUAUUGCGUCCUGGCCAAAUUCACCGAUCCUAAAAAAGGACCAAAACAUCUACUUCCAGUUAUGCCUCGCACCGACUUCGUUGCGCAAUACACUAAGUUCAUAGAAAAGAAAUUGACAAAACAAUUCCUUGACAAGACGACGUCUCUGCUUGAUGUCGUUGUCAAAGUCUCUGGAAACGCGCAGCUUGCCAAAGAAGCAUUCAAAUGGAACACCGGAGCCAUCGCGACUAUCCCAGAAAACUGGGCAGGCAAGGCCAACAAUAUCAAGACUGGGAAGCUAGAAAUCGACGACUUCAUCAACCACAUUCAAGGCUUCGACAAGACGACGAAGAAGACACUCCCGAAGAUGGAUCUACUGAAGCUCAUGGACAAGACCAUGCGGCACGGACAGAUCGGCAGUCUCAACAACAAAAUGGAGCUCGUCCUUGAUUCUACCAAAGAGGCUCCUAUCUUUGAGUUCCGCGAGCUUGACUACGUUCAUGGGGCCAAGCUUGGUACUACCUUGGGCACGUAUGAAGACAAGGUUAUUGCAUACCACAAACAAUUCAAGAAGCGCAGUAUCAAUGACCAGGAGGAUGUGGACGCGUCACAAGAAUGA